AUGCUGAUGGGUUCCAGCUACAGGUACGGCGACAGUCUUAGGUUCAUGUGUCGGCUCGGCUACACACCCAGUCGCACUCCAGCUAGAAUCACCUGUCUGACCACAGGGAAGUGGGACGGAGAGCCUGAAUGUACAGCAAACUGCAAACAAGGUUGUUUGAAUGGAGGUCGUUGUCUCGGUUUGAACCGCUGUAAGUGCAUGCCUGGUUGGGCAGGACGCCGCUGCGAGCUACCUAUCUGCAUUCUGCCUUGUCUUAAUGGCGGUCGCUGCGUGGCUCCAUACAGAUGUCGCUGUCCGGAAGGCUACACAGGGUCCAGCUGUUCUCAUGAGACGGAAUACAGCCGCAGAAACCGUUGCAGAACCUUAGCUGUGUUUCAGAGACCGGUUCCAGGAGUGAAUUUUGAGACACCGUUGCGGUGUGGCCUCUGUGGCCUUCUGUAG